UCACUCCCCAACCCAAACCUAACGCAACAGCAAGAACAGAGACAUCUUUUUGGUCGAUCUCAAUAAGACUGGAGAGGAAAGCAAGCAACAAGACAACCCCGGUGCUUGGCGACAAUGUCGACCCCGUCGCCGACGUCCCCGCCUCCGGCCCCCGCCAGUGCCCCUCCCCCUGCCACCCCCGCCACGCCUCCUUCGACCUCUCCUCCGCCGCCGGCCACCCCGUCCGCCCCACCGCCGACCUCGCCCCCUCCCUCCCCCGCCAACCCCUCCCCGUCUCCGCCCUCAGCCUCGCCGCCUCCCUCCAGCCCGUCCGGCUCCUCCCCUCCCCCACCAGUGACCCCUUCCGGUUCGUCCUCGUCGCCGCCGCCGCCGCCACCAUCGGGUCGAUCGCCACCCUCACCGCCUUCUCCUACGCCACCCAAGACCCCGUCUACGCGGUCGCCGCCCUCUUCGUCCUCACCAUCUUCGUCGAGCUCGAUCUCGACUUCGCUUGUGGUCGGGGUAGCGGUUGGCGGGGUGGUGAUCUUGUUGCUGCUAAGCUUUAUAUGCGUCUGUUGUUGGAAAAAGAAGCGCCGGCUGCCAUCGCCGCCGCCAUAUUACUUCGGAGCUCCCCCGCCGCCCCCACCGGGAACGAAAGCUGACAGAUACGGUGAAUACUGGCAACAGAGUGCUCCACCCGCAGCAGAUCAUGUUGUCAAACUGCCUUCAGGACCUCCUCCUCCGCCACUUCCACCGCCACCAUUUGCUUCGCGUCCUCCACAGUCUGCAGGCGAUUUGCCUCCACCGCCACCUCCACCUAUGAUACACAGCAGCGGUGGUUCUGGAUCCAACUACUCCGGCUCAGAGUUCCCACCGCCUCCACCUUCUCCUGGUGUCGCCUUUGGCUUCUCAAAAAGCACCUUCACUUACGAAGAACUCGCCAUGGCAACCGAUGGCUUCUCUGAUGCUAAUCUCCUCGGACAAGGUGGCUUCGGUUACGUGCACAGAGGAGUGCUUCCAAACGGCAAGGAAGUCGCCGUCAAGCAGCUGAAAACAGGGAGCGGACAGGGCGAGCGUGAGUUCCAGGCAGAGGUUGAGACCAUCAGUCGAGUUCAUCACAAGCACCUCGUUUCGUUGGUUGGGUAUUGCAUUUCUGGAGGCAAGAGGCUGCUCGUUUACGAAUAUGUUCCUAAUAACACAUUGGAGUUCCAUUUGCACGGAAGAGGUCGACCAACUAUGGAAUGGCCUACACGACUAAGAAUUGCGUUGGGUUCUGCAAAAGGAUUGGCAUAUCUUCAUGAGGACUGUCAUCCUAAGAUUAUUCACCGCGACAUCAAGGCAGCCAACAUUCUUCUAGAUUAUAAGUUUGUGGCAAAGGUUGCAGAUUUCGGGCUAGCGAAGUUUGCUUCUGAUAAUAACACCCAUGUUUCUACGAGAGUUAUGGGAACAUUCGGUUAUCUGGCACCUGAGUAUGCAUCUUCAGGCAAACUCACUGACAAAUCAGAUGUCUUUUCAUUUGGUAUCAUGCUUCUGGAGCUAAUCACCGGACGACGCCCUGUUGAUUCGUCCCAAACUUUCAUGGAUGAUAGCUUAGUCGACUGGGCAAGGCCAUUGCUUACUCGAGCUCUCGAGGAUGGCAAUUACGAUGCCCUUGUUGAUCCAAAGUUGGGAAUGAACUAUAACCCUAAUGAGAUGGCUCGCAUGAUUGCCUGUGCUGCAGCAUGUGUGCGUCACUCGUCAAGGCGACGGCCAAGGAUGAGUCAGAUUCUUCGAGCAUUAGAAGGAGAUGUAUCUCUUGAAGAUUUACAUGAAGGCAUCAGACCCGGUCAUAGCAGGUUCUACAGCUCAUAUGGCAGCUCAGAUUACGAUUCCGGCCAAUAUAAUGAGGACAUGAAGAAGUUUAGAAAAAUGGCACUGACCACUCAAGAGUAUGCCAGCAGCGAGUACAGUGCACCGACGAGCGAGUAUGGUCGGAAUCCAUCUGCAUCGAGCAGCGAAGGUGCACAGACGCAGGAGGUAGAGAUGGGGAAGAAGAAAGACAGCUACGAAUACGGCAGCAGUUUGUGAGAAUAUUUUGCAGUCUGUUUUGUAAAGCCUAAAUUUCAUGUUCCAUACCUCUUCCUGAGACUAUAUUCAUGGUUCAACUAUAGUUUGUCUGUCUUUUUUGUUCUAAUAAUGAAUGGUGAACAGCUAACCGAUUCUUUGUA